CCGUUUCGCUCCUGCCAUCCUUAUUGUGUCGGGACCGGGAUCCUCGGCUGCGCUCCUCCCAUCUUCCACGAUCGAUGUCGCCAUGGAUCGCGAUCACGAGGACUUCUCUCUCUCCAGCGACCCCUCGGCCUGGUCGCUGCGGGCGACGACGGUCGCGGCUGCGUGCGACGACGGCGACACCGACGGUGGCCCGCGCGGUCCCAAGGUGUCGAGGCUUUCGAAUGUGCAGCUGGCCACCGAAGUAGAAGCAGCUUUGGUGCGAGCAGUCUCACUCAGUACAACCUUGAGUGGCUGGGGUAAGCAUUGGGUGAGACCAUCUUUGACCAGUACCUACGAGACCGAGAAAGGCCAUGAUUUGAGUGUGGAAGUGACGCGAUACCAUCACUUCUUGAGCCAUGAUUGGAAGACCGGUCGAUGGUCCAAGUUUUUGACGAUGCUGAUCCUCUUCAACCUUCGACCAGCAACAAUCACCACCUUGCUUGCUGCCAUCACAGUGGGCCUUUGCAAAGGUACGGGCGCCGUGUAUGAGGAUGGGAGCGUGAGCAUGUUUCUGGUGAACUUUACACCCUACCUGGUCUUUCUCUUCUUCAUGUGCUUUUGGCAGCGCCUUCGCAGCUGCCGACCCUUAAUGGUCUUCUUGGACAAGCUCUGCAUCGAGCAACGCGAUCCGAUUCGGAAGGCGAAAGGCAUCCGGGGCCUGGCGGCCUUCUUGGACCGUUCGGAAAGCAUGGUCAUCAUGUGGUCGUCGCAAUACCUGACACGUCUUUGGUGUAGUUACGAGGUGGCUACCUUCCUGCGUGUUCAUGGUAAAGCGAAGCUGGUGACCCUGUUUCCCGUCUCCAUGGCAUGGGUCAUGAUCCUGGAGGCGAUGAAGCUGGCAUUUGCGACCGCUGUGAUUUUAUUUGUUUUCACCUUUGGCAGUGGUGGGUAUGUCCUCCUGCUUACCACUGUAUGGCUUGUGGUGAACGUGCUUGUUGGCCCGGUAUACUGUUACAUCGCUUUGGGGUUGAUGAAAGAGGUCCGCGGGCUUAAUCAUCAAUUCCGAUGCUUCUCCAUCCGAAACUCCGAGUGCUUCUGCUGCAGUUGUGGCCACCAAGAUCCUGAGACCGGGGAGACCUUGAUGUGUGACAGACAGCUGGUCUAUGAUGCUGUGAAGCGAUGGUAUGGAGCGGAUGAAGAUGAAGAAGAGGAACAUUUAGAUCGCUUCGACGAGGUCGUGCGCACCACUCUUCGCAGCCAGGUGUCAGAAGGGGCGGAAAGCGCGGUUCUGCCCUUCCGCAUUUCGAUGUACUUGUCGCUGGCCAUGUCAGCACCGUUUCUGUGUGGUCUGGUGACGUUUCCGCUGGGAGGUGAUGUAUAUGCAAGGGCACCUCCCAUGCCAGAUGAUCGAGGUGUGUUCUACAUUCUCUGGAGAUGUUUGGCUGUGACCUCAUUGUAUUGGUUGCAAGACGUUGCAGUGUGCAUCCUCAGCAUUGGGCUGGGCCUGCGGAUUUGUAAGUGGGGUUCUCACCUUUUGAACCGAUGCUCACAGGUCACUGCGACCCUAGUGGUAUCUCCUGUACUGAUCAUAUCCAUGAUUUCACUUGGACUAGGAGUUAGCUAUUCUUUUGAAGUUCUACAGCACCAGAAUCUGUGGGAUUUGAUGCCAUGUUUGCUGGCCCUCUGGCUCCUGGUGGCCAUUGGUCUCUUCAAAGCCCCAUAAAACGUGCCGGACCUCGCCGAACUGCGCGCCGACUCGAUCGCGAUCGAUCGCGAUCCAUCUGACGGGGUCCACAGCUGUCGUGGUCCACUGAAGCAAAGAUCUUCGUUUGAGCAAGGAGAUGCGGCAAAAAGAA